UUGAAAGUAACAUGAGCUCAUACGACAUAUACAUCGUUCUUGUACUUGUAUUGUACAGUCGGUUAGUCGUAGGUCAAGAAGACACCGGACUCUGUACAAAGAUGUACGAAUACUGCAAACUACAGCAAACAAGUGGUGGACAGAGUGAAUCAUGUGCCCAUCAGACAACAAAGUUUGCUCGUGUUGGAAAAACUGGUCCACGUGGUAUGCCGGGACCAAAAGGAGAACCUGGAAUCGUUGAUUACAAUCGUGUCAAUACCAAAAUAUCAGAGGACAUUUCAGAAGCGGAAAGCCGUCUGAAUGAAAAAUACAAUAAGUUGGAAGAAGCAUUGCACAGAGAACGGUAUUAUCCGGAUAGUUGUCGAAGAUUACACAAAUUCAAUUCUCUUUUUCGGAAUGAAACCGGAGGAGUUUUUGAAAUCUAUCCUACCCCUGUUUCUGAAAAGACUGAAGUUUACUGUGAUCUCGUGACAAAUGGAGGAGGAUGGAUUGUAUUUCAACGUCGAAUGGAUGGCUCUGAGGACUUUUAUCGUGGAUGGAAUGAUUAUGUAAAUGGGUUUGGAAAUACGAUUGGAGAAUUUUGGCUUGGUUUAGAAAAUAUCUACCAGAUCCUCAAGGGCAAAACGUAUGAACUCAGAGUAGACAUGGAAGACUGGGAAGGAAACAAAUCCUAUGCUAAAUAUGGUACAUUCUCAAUUGGCGAUUCUUCAACAAAUUAUCGUUUAACGGUUGGUCAAUACAGUGGGAAUACUGGAGACUCUUUAGUCGCCCAUCAAGGACAAUCCUUCACAACUAAGGACGCAGAUCAUGACACAGCAUCUGACAACUGUGCUGUUACUUUCAAGGGAGCGUUCUGGUACGCAGCUUGUCAUGCAGCAAAUUUAAAUGGGCUGUAUAUCAAAGGAGGGAAGGCACAAUACGCAAUCUCGGUAGUCUGGAGAACUUGGAAAGGCCAUGAAUAUUCUUUGAAGUUUGUUGAAAUGAAAAUGAGACAAAAAUUGUGAACAAAGAAAAACAGCACAAAAGUUAAAAAUGUAUAUAUAUAUAUAUACAAUACUAACGGAUAGACGUAAAGAAACUUUUGUUUUUCAUGUUUACUCUAAUAUUAAUACAUGCCUGAAUACUUAUAAUCCGAAUACAGUCUGAUUCAAUUUGCUAUCGACAUGAAAGAUACAAGUAUAAGUAUAUUUAUUUUGAUUUUCCCACAAAAAAAAUUAUACACAAAACACAAACAAUGAACACACAGAAGAUUGGGAAAAUCGGGGAAACUGGCAAAACCUUUACAAAGGUUUAAUAAUGUAAAUAUACAUGCGCCAGUUUACCCACAUUCAACACACAAACAUAUA